CCUCUGUGCUGAAUUUUCCUCCUGCUGGAGAAAGGAGAAAAAAAAACAACACUGACUGGGGGGAAAACUGAGAGGAAGAAAGCACAGCGUUAAAAAUAAAAGGAGGUGGAGGAAAAAAAGUGAAAUAACAGGAGAAAAUCGGGAAGAUUGGAGGAACAGGUUUUGGAAAAGAGAGCAAAGAAGACGUCGCGCAAGUGGAGAACGAGACUUGCAAUAUAUAUUUAGAAGCUUUUUUUGUGAUUUUUUUUUUUGGAGGAAUAAAAAGGACGCGACGCCAUGACGACAGAAAUGCAAGAGAUCGCCAUCACGGAGGAGAAGCCUUUACUCACGGGUCAGGCUGAAGCAAAGGAUGCUGAGGCCGCUGCCAGGAUACUGCUGGACCAAGGGCAGGAGCACAGUAUCGAGACCCCUCACGGUGUCCUGCAUGUGACCCUGCAUGGCACACGGACCACCCGCAGGCCUGCUAUCCUCACCUUCCACGACGUGGGUCUGGACAGUAAGAGCUGCUUCUCCCCUCUGUUCAAGUUCGAAGAGAUGCAGGAGAUUGUCAAGAACUUCACCCUGAUCCAUGUGGAUGCUCCGGGGCAGGAGGAGGGGGCUGCUGCCUAUCCCGUAGGUUACCAGUAUCCCUCCAUGGACACCGUAGCAGAGAUGAUCCCGGCCGUCCUGCAGUUUUUCAACUUCCGUACCGUCAUUGGGGUGGGUGUGGGUGCUGGAGCGUACAUCCUCUCCAGGUUUGCGAUUGCAAACCCCGAUUCAGUGGAGGGUCUGGUUCUGGUCAACAUCGACACUAACGCCCGAGGAUGGAUAGACUGGGCCGCUCAGAAGCUCAGCUCUGUGACUUCCUCCCUCACAGAGCAGAUCCUGUCCCACCUUUUCAGUCAGGAGGAGCUGUCAUCAAACACAGAUCUAGUGCAGUCUCACAGAGAGCGCAUCUCCAAAGCAUCUAAUCUGAUCAACAUAGAGCUCCUCUGGAAGACUUACAACAGUCGCAGAGACUUGAACGUUGACCGCAACAGCACCUUCAAAUGUCCAGUGAUGCUGGUGGUGGGCGAUCAAGCUCCAUAUGAAGAAGCAGCCGUGGAGUGCAACAGCAAAAUGGACCCAACAACAACCUCAUUCUUAAAGAUGGCGGAUGCCGGUGGUCUCCCUCAGCUGACUCAGCCAGCGAAACUGACCGAGGCUUUCAAGUACUUCAUCCAGGGAAUGGGCUACAUGGCUUCAUCUUGCAUGACCCGCCUGUCCCGCUCACGCACCACCUCCCUCUCCUCCUCUUACUCCAUGGAUGGGUCCCGCUCUCGCUCUCGCACCCUGUCCCAGGGCUCGCAGGGCGGUCAGAUGCCGCCUAGCCCCUCCCAAACGAUGGAGGUGUCCUGCUGAAGCAAAAAAUAAAUAAAAAAUAGUAAGAGAGAGAGCGAGAAAGAGAAGAGGUGGAGGGCUGAAGGAAGGGAAAGAUGAAGAAAUGAUAGUAACGCAGGAACAAGAUGAAUGGGUUACUUAUUUGUCACUAAACAACUAUCAUCAUUCCCCACACUAGCAGGAAAGGAAAACAGAUGAGGAGAGGGAGGGAAACAAGACGAGUAGAAAGAUUUCUGAGGAAUAUCUUCAGACUUUGCACAACAUACGAAUCCUCUCCUUUUCCUCACAUCCCUUUUUCCAGCUGUAAACUAUGGAUUGGGCUGUUCUUAAAAAGAAUCAACAAAGUAUAGUCUAAAAGAGAUUAAUAUAAAAAAAGGGGGGGAUGUGGGGAAAUAUUAGAAACCAGUCCUCUCUUCCUCCCUCUAUUGGAGCAGCCAAUAGAGCCCUUUAAUUUAGAUGAAGGAGGCCUAUAGAGACCGCACAUCUGACAUUAACUGAUAGUAAUAAUCCUGAAAAUGACAAUGUUCUUGAUGCUGAUAAUGUUCUCAAUGAUGAUAUUAAAGCUAAUGAUGAUGAUGAUGAUAAUGUAACAGAAAAAAAACUGUAACACUUUUCUCUUUACUAAGCAAUUUAAAAAUGACAUAGAUGAAAAAAAAACACUAUAGCAGAUAUAACAAUGUGUGUCUACUACUUUUUAAGCUAGUUUUUACUGUGUAAUUUCUUUUUUUUCUUUUAAUCGGAUUUUUAAUUUUUCUUAACUGUAACCUGCCUCAGCAAGGGGGCCAAAGCUACCGGUUGGUUGACCUUUUUGUGUGGUAACAGCCAAUGAGAGCCAUUAUAGUGACUACUUCCUCCUUGAUGUUGCCAGGUUGUUUAUGUCUUCCAUUCGCCCCGUCUAUAAGUGACUGUUUUGUUUUUUCCCGUUUGGUAUGAGGAGUCGGGAUGGAAGCCUUUUUUUUUUUUUCUAAUUCUUCUUCUUUUGGACAGUUUGGGUAGUGCAUGUCCGGUAUGAGCCCAUGUGAAUAUUGACUGGAUAAUAUGUUUCUUUUAUAUUUUGGAUUUGGGUGUGUAUGCAUGUACAUGUGCUGCGUUGUUAGCUUGGUGUGUUUAGCUAACAUGGAGGACUGAAGAAAAAGCACUAUGUGAGACUGAGAGAUUAUGUGUGCUUUUAGCUAGCUAGCUAGUACCCUAUGGUAAGCCAUAGUCAAACUCUCCCAGUGUGUCCCAGUUCAGGGGCCCCUUCCCUUGAUAGACCUAGCUUACUAAGGAUCCAGUGUUCGUCGCCUGUGUAGACCGCUUGCAGAGGAUUCCCCACUGGCUGUCCCUGCCUUUACCCUUUCAUUUAAAACGUGUAUUACUCGACCGCUUCAGAUUCCGCCAUCUCAUUUGAAUUGGCGUUCAAUGAAUCUCAGGAUAUGAUGGGUCAUGAAGGAUGCGCAAGAUGGAUCCUUCAUUAGCCGGGGUAAGAAGGAUGAUUUUGUUGUCCCACAUUUGAAGGAGUCUUCGUAAAGGGACAGCGCCCCUAAAUUGGGACAUGGCCUACAAAUAGUGCUUCCAAUACUGGUGGCAGUCUCGCACAGCGUGACCUAAUAUCCCUGUUCAUGACCUACUCAACAUGAAGCAUUACAUCCCUAAAGUAGCAUGCUAGCUUAGAUAUUUCAUUUGGGUGUUACGCGUGGCCAGAAGGGUUCAGUGUGCAUCAUCUGGGUUGUACGCUCUUAGACUUGCCCGCGCAUGGAUUACCUCCUAAAAACAAACCCCAGCUAGCAUGCUUGAGUUUGAGGUUAAAUGAACGCCCCACUCCACCUCUCUGUUAACGAGCAGCUUUAUUUUAAGCAAAGGGGUCAGGAGAUUUGUGUUUGUAUGUGAUCGUUGCAAUGUGUGCGUAUGUCUGAGGAAGGAUAUGUGAGGUGAAUGGAAGCACUUGUAUCCUGUAAGCACAAGUAAUGCAGCAGAGAGGGCCAGGGUCCUUUAGAAAACUUUAGUUUUGAUUAGCGCUGAGACCAAGAAAGCCCCCUGUGACUUAUUGAUGACAAUGUACCAGCCCCUUCACUGCCAAAACACUCAAGAGAGUAAGAAAGUAAAACUAGGGCUGCACCUCUUGGAACACCCUCAAAUAUUCAGCCUGAUAUGAGAAUGAAAACAGCCAAUUGGAAUUGGCCGCCAAUAAGUAUUCUUACUGCCAAAAAAUAAGAGGCUGAGUUUUCCUGGGGGAUAGGGUUUCUGUCCAAAUCCUGCCAUUAGCUGUGAUGCUAGCCAAACAUGUACCUGGCUAGCAUCUUUUAUAACGUCUCACUGAAUUUAAUUUUGUUCUGUGAUAUUUCAAAUGCAGAUAAAACACAAAGCGUACCACUGCCCUACAUCAAGUAGCCAUUUGGAUGACCAUACUCUUAAAAGUGGCCCUAGUUGGACCCGAAACGAUACCCUUGGAGUGCAUGUGCAUUUGUAAACAAGCUCCUUUUUUUCUGAUGCACGUUUGCAUCUGAUUUUUUUUUUUUUUCUCAAAUAAGCAGUUUAAUUUUUAGUGUUGCCUCAUUUGCUUUCUAAUGCUCCUCUCCUAAACCUGUUUGAUGAAGCAUGGAGGAUGGAGAGCCUCACAUUGGAGAUCUCAAUAAAAUGGUACUUGGGAGGUAUUGAUGAUGACAACAGUAAUCUGUUUUUGAGUCGCUUCCCCUCUGGCAGUUCACAACCAGCCUUCAAAAGGUCAAUAACUGUUGUGUUUAGUAAGACAAACACAAAUCUUAAAGUUAAGAUGAUUUAAGUGUAUAUGUAAAACCAGGAUGCUGCCAUGUUUAAGGCUCAUUUUCCAGAGGGCUGAAGAGUAGAAUGUAAAUGUUUGGCUCUGCCCAGACUUCAAUUUAAACUCAAACAGCAGGGCACGGGAGCAUGUACCAAAUAAGGGAUAAUGGACGGAGUCUAGGAAAAUAAAAUUGCCAAAUAUGGAAGAGGAGCGGUACUUUUUUGUUCAGAGUUGAGCAAGGCUGUGCGAUUGUAAAUGCUUAUCCACUUUGUCUUUUGUUUGUCUCUUUUUCUUUUUUUUUUCCAUCAUAUUUGUCUUUCCCCUCUUGGUUUUUUUAAAUUUUAAUUUUUGGGGUUUUUAACCCACGUGAAGUGUUAGUUUUACCGUCCAAAUGUGCUCACAAGUUAGUUAACCGUGUGAUAGUUCUUGUGUAACUUUUUUAGCAUUAGAGCUGAUAAGGGAGAAAUAAUAUGAAUAACAAUUAAGAAAAAAAAAAAAGAUAAAAGGUAAAGAGAAUACAAUCAGAUUUACUUGUGUGGCUAAUUUCUCUGUGUAAUUAAAAUGGACAUCCUAAAAAAAAAAUCAACCUUUAAAUAUUAAUAAAAGGUUAUGAGAAACA